UAUCUGCUGGUGUACCUGCUCGCCACGCUCAGCGACUGGUUGCAGGGACCGUACGUCUACGCCCUUUACUCCGAUUAUGGCUACUCACAGCACGAUAUUGCCGUCCUCUUUGUGGCCGGCUUUGGAUCCUCCAUGGUCUUUGGAUCGUUCGUGGGCGGCAUGGCCGAUUGGGGCGGACGCAGGACCUUUGCCGUUCUCUUUGCCGUCGUCUACGCCUGCUCCUGUCUAACCAAACACUUUAAAAACUUUAACGUGCUCCUCCUGGGUCGUUUGUUGGGUGGUGUCUCCACCAGUUUGCUCUUUUCCGUCUUUGAAGCCUGGUUGAUUCGGGCCCACAACGAUGCCGGCCUUAAGGCCUGGUUAGGCAAAUCUUUUUCCUGGGCCGCCUACGGAAAUUCCGUCGUUGCCAUUACGGCGGGACUCGUCGCCAAUAAGGCCGCCAGCGCCGUGCCCAUGACCGCUAUCCAAACCGGCGGACAAGUGUACAUGGGUGGCUACCUGAAUCCGUUCGAUAUUGCGCUCGUGGCCUUGCUGGGAUGCGGCAUAGCUGCACUGUCUCUGUGGGAAGAAAACUACGGAGAUACGGACGGAUCCAACGAUAGCAGUCGUGGCCAAGCCCACUGGUACGAUGGUCUCCAGACCGCCUUUACCACCACCAUUCGCUCGCAAGAUGUCUUGCUCUGUGGCAUUAUUUCUUCGCUCUUUGAAGGUAGCAUGUACAUCUUUGUCUUUAUGUGGACACCAGCCUUAACGGAAGGAUCCGAUGAAGCCUUGCCCUUUGGACUCAUCUUUUCAACCUUUAUGGUCUCCUGCAUGGCCGGCUCGAGCUUGUUCUCUAUACAGAUUGAAAAAAUGCGGGGCGAGCGUCUCGCCGUCAUUGUGUUUGCCACGGCCUCCGCCGCCAUGGCCGGAAUCGCCCUGUCCUAUUCCAAUACCGUCAAGUUUUUGCUCAUGAACGUCUUUGAAGUCACCGUCGGCAUGUACUGGCCGAUUUACGGAACCCUCAAGGGCGUCAUCGUGCCGGAGUCCAAGCGGGCCGCCAUUUACAAUCUCUACCGUAUCCCACUCAACUUUAUCGUCCUGUUCUCCCUCUUGACCGAUUUAACCCCCACGACGAGCUUUUUGUUGAACGCCACCAUGCUGGGAACCGCUGCGGUGUUGCAGAUUAUCCUCAUGAAGCGCCGCGAAAUGCAC